AUGUCUUCGAAAAAGCCAUUCAGUUCGCCAAUAAAACCAUCAGAUGCGUCCGCGAGCUACGAUAUGGAUAUACUUGAAGACCUACACCAACAUCAACAAGAUCGUGCAAACCGGAUACAUUAUCCGUUGUCAUCACCCAUCAGAAAUGUCCUGGAUCACGAACACCGCAGAAGUAGUCAAUAUCACCAUCAAAACCAACAGGGCAGAACAUCCAUCAUAAAUAAGAGAAAUAAGCAUGACAGGCUACGAGAAAUUAGAGAUAGACACAGACAAGAUAAAUUAGGCAUAAAUCGUGAAAAAAUGGUCGAUAGACAAGCCUAUGAAGAUUAUAAGUUGGAAUUAGAAAGAGAGGCAAACGAGCUAUACGAUGUUCUAGACAUCGAUGAAUUGAUUAACCAGGAGAAUGAAUUAGAGUCGUACAUAAAUGAGAGCUUGCCAAGACAUAUGUACGAAACCGAACUAGACGCAAUCUUGAAUGAAGAACAACAAGAACUAGAACAAAUGGUGGCCAAUAUUGAUUUAUCUGAUAAUAAGUAUGCGAGUACGUAA